ACACAUCUUUGCAGAGCCUUCUGGGUCCUCGGAACCCUGCUCUCCCCACCCCGAGGGCACUUUCCAGUGCCCAAAGAGCUGCUACCCUGUGAAUAGAGACAGAGCUUGUUGUAGGAGUGAGCAUUAGUCUCCAAGGUGGAGGGGAGUUUUGACGCCGCUUUUCUCAAAUGUAAUUGACUUUGACCUCAGACCUCUCCUCAGGCACCUCUUGGACCGCGGUCUUCUGAUCCCCAUGUCCUAUCAGCUUCCCCCAGGAAGGGAGGUGCAGCCUGGGUGCCUGCAGCGACUGACUCCUUUCUUUGGAAAGGUGCCCAUGACCCCUCCCUUCUGCUGCCCACACAGGCUGUCCUGAGCUUGGUGGAAGAUGCGAGCUCUUGGCAGUGUGUCCGGGAACACUGAGAGCGGGGAGGGGCAAGCCCUUGUCCAAGUCGUUGGCAGAUAAGAGGCUUAGCUGGGAACAGGUUGCAAGGAUUCCAACACUGAGCCACAGAGACUGACAACGGGACUCUGGGUCUUCCAAGCGCUGGGACACGGGGUGUUUAGGGGAGAGAAAGGUCUGCCACGGGGUCAAAGUCCUGCCCAACACUGUAAGGCUAUUAUCCCAGAAGAGAGACACUGUGGAAGUUCUGCCUGCUCCUGAAGCCCUGACCCACACCUUAAGAGGGACAUGGGUUAUGUCCAGACUCCGAGGACGGGGCCAUGCAGGGCCGGGCGGACGCGGGCGAGGCCGACGAGGAGGCUGGGGCCGGUUCGGGGUCGGAGGCCGAGGAGGACGCGCUGUGGGAGCGGAUCGAGGGCGUCCGCCACCGGCUGACGAGAGCCCUGAACCCGGCCAAGCUCACGCCGUAUCUGCGCCAGUGCCGCGUCCUGGACGAACAGGACGAGGAGGAGGUGCUCAGCACCUACCGGUUCCCGUGCCGCGCGAACCGCACCGGGCGUCUCAUAGACAUUCUCCGCUGCCGAGGGAAGAGGGGCUUCGAAGCCUUCCUGGAAGCGCUGGAAUUCUACUACCCGGAACACUUCACACUGCUCACGGGCCAGGAGCCUGCCCAACGCUGCUCCAUGAUCCUUGAUGAGGAGGGGCCCGAGGGCCUGACUCAGUUCUUGAUGACCGAGGUCCGGAGGCUUCGGGAAGCUCGAAAGGGCCAGUUGCAGAGAGAGCAGCAACUGCAGGCCCGGGGCCGGGCACUGGAGGAGGAGCGGGCAGGGCUGGAGCAGAGGCUGCGGGAGCAGCAGCAGGCCCAGGAGCGCUGCCAGCGGCUGCGGGAGGACUGGGAGGCGGGCAGCCUGGAGCUGCUUCGGCUCAAGGACGAGAACUACAUGAUCGCCAUGCGCCUGGCUCAACUCAGCGAGGAGAAGAACUCAGCGGUGUUGCGCAGCCGAGACCUGCAGCUGGCGGUGGAUCAGCUGAAGCUCAAAGUCAGCCGGCUGGAGGAGGAGUGUGCGCUUCUGCGGAGGUCCAGGGGCCCACUGCCUGGGGCCGAAGAGAAGGAGAAGGAGCCGGAUGGUGCGGAUCUUCUCUCCGAGCUGCGGGCUGAGAACCAGCGGCUGACGGCCUCACUGCAGGAGCUCCAGGAGGGACUUCAGCAGGAGAUGAGCCGGCCAGGGGCUGCAGGCUCUGAACGCAUCCUGCUGGACAUCCUGGAGCAUGACUGGAGGGAGGCACAGGACAGCAGGCAGGAGCUGUGUCAGAAGCUGCACGCUGUGCAGGGCGAGCUACAGUGGGCCGAGGAGCUGCGGGACAAGUACCUGCAGGACAUGGAGGAUCUGAGGCUCAAACACCGAACGCUGCUGAAGGACUGUGACCUCUAUAAGCACCGCAUGGCCACUGUGCUGGCCCAGCUGGAGGAGAUUGAGAAAGAGCGGGACCAGGCAAUCCAGAGCCGAGACCGCAUCCAGCUGCAGUACUCCCAGAGCCUCAUCGAGAAGGAUCAGUACCGCAAGCAGGUUCGGGGACUAGAGGCGGAGCGUGAUGAGCUGCUCACCACAGUCACCAGCCUGGAGGGGGCCAAGGCCAUGCUGGAGGCGCAGCUGCAGCGGACUCAGGGGGCCUCCUGUCUCAAGGCCUGCGCCUCCUCCCACUCCUUGUGCUCCAACCUCAGCAGCACUUGGAGCCUCAGCGAGUUCCCAUCCCCACUGGGAGGCCCAGAAGCUCCAGGAGAAGCUGGGGGAUCUGAGCCCCACACCUCGGAGGAAGCCACAGACAGCGAGAAGGAGAUCAACCGCCUCUCCAUCCUGCCCUUUCCACCCAGUGCUGGCUCCAUCCUCCGCCGGCAGCGUGAGGAGGACCCAGAGCCCCCUAAGAGGUCUUUUAGCAGCAUGUCGGAUAUCACAGGGAGUGUGACCCUUAAGCCCUGGUCCCCCGGCCUCUCUUCAUCAUCUUCAUCUGACAGUGUGUGGCCUUUGGGAAAGCCGGAAGGCCUCCUGGCCCGGGGCUGUGGACUGGACCUCCUCAAUAGGUCUCUGGCCAUCCGGGUGUCCGGCUGGAGUCCUCCUGGGGGCCUGGAGCCCCAGGAUAAGAGUCCAGAGAGCCUGCCUGUCCUCGGGGACAGAUGGUCUGGGGCAGUGGUGCGAAGGGUGCUGUCUGGGCCUGGGUCGGCCAGGACAGAACAGAAAGAGCCAAGAGCAGAAGGCACUGGCCUGGAGAGGGCGGGUCUGGAAGCUGAAGCCCAGCAGAGGACCUUACCCUGGAACCAUGGCUCUACGCUCCCCUUCCGGCUGGACUCCAAGGCCUGUCAGUCCUUCCAUGAGGCCCUGGAUUCCUGGGCAAAGGGGCCGGGGUCGGAGCCCUUCUACAUCCGAGCCAACCUCUCCCUGCCCGAGCGGGCGGACCCCCACGCCCUUUGUGUGAAAGCCCAAGAGAUCCUACGGCUGGUGGACCCAGCGUACAAGCGGAGGCAGGAAUGGUUCUGCACGCGGGUCGACCCCCUCACCCUACGGGACCUGGACCGGGGUACCGUGCCCAAUUAUCAGAGAGCUCAGCAGCUUCUGGAAGUCCAGGAAAAAUAUGUGCAUUCCAGCAGGCACCGAAGCCCCCGGAGCAAUCUGAAGAAGCGAGCCCUGGGGCUGGUGAGGCCCAAGCCCGCAGGGGCCGCUGCGGGAGAGUCGGCGGAGCAGCCACCGGCGGAGCCCUGCUCAGAGCCAGAGCGAAGCCUCAAACCCUACAGCCUGGUGCGGCCACUCUUGGUGUCUGCCCUGCGGCCUGUGGUGCUCCUGCCCGAGUGCCUGGCGCCUCGGCUCAUCCGAAACCUCCUGGAUCUGCCCAGCUCCAGGCUGGAUUUCCAAGUGUGCCCCGCAGAAAGCCUCUCUGGAGAGGAGCAGUGCACAUCCUCUGCUCCCGGAGCCCCCAAGGCCUGUCCUGCCACCCCCGGGCUGGGCAGCAGGAUCCGUGCCAUCCAGGAAUCUGUUGGGAAGAAGAAGCACUGUCUGUUGGAGCUGGGUGCCCGGGGCGUGCGGGAGUUGGUGCAGAGUGAGAUCUACCCCAUCGUCAUCCACGUGGAGGUGACGGAGAAGAAUGUCCGUGAGAUCCGGGGCCUCCUGGGCCGGCCAGGCUGGCGGGAUUCAGAGCUGCUCCGUCAGUGCCGGGGCACAGAGCAGUGGCUCUGGGUACUGCCGUGUUCCUGGGUGCAGGUGCCUGCCCACGCCUGGAGCCACGCCGAGGAGCUGGCCAAGGUGGUGCGUGGCCGCAUCUUGCAAGAGCAGGCUCGCCUUGUGUGGGUGGAGCGAGGCAGCAGCCGAGGGGGCAGCGGCAGCAGCAGUGAGGCCUGAGGACGCAGCCCACGCCCGGGGCCUUUUCCAGCCCCUCUCCAGACCUCCUCCAUCGCCUGCCUGGUCUCCUCCAGCCAGUGCCCGGACACUCCCUGUUUGUGCCUGGCCUGCCUCCUGCUGGAGAGACCCUGCGGUGGAGACCUUCCCCGGCCAGGGCCUUCCUUGUCCAUGGACUCUGCAACUCGGGACCUUGGUUCUGGGCUCUCGUGGGAGCCCCUGGGGGCAGACCUGCCCCUGACUUGCUGCUCUGGGUCUCCUCACUAGCCCCCGUGUUCUCCUGUUUCUGUUUGUGGUUCUGACGUGUGUGUCUGUGCCCCCUCCUCACGCACUCACACUGGAAUAGAGUUCUCACACCGCUGCUUAACUUUGCACACUCGUGGAUCUCCGGUUCUGUCCCUCCACCUGUCUGGGUGCACGCGGUCUCUGGGGUCCUUGGGCUGCUCUGCCCAGCACCCUGCGACCCCCACAGUUCAUGGGCAUUUCUCGUGGGUGCCGCCGUGCAGCCUCCACAGCUGCGCUGGUCAGCUUGCACCCUUGUAUCUCCUCGGGUGUGUCAUGUCUCCUCCUGGGUGAACCUCGCACCAUCCUUGUGAUCCUGGGCACUAACGAAUGUGUGCUGCGCCCAGCAUACCGGGACAUGUUCUCUUGGCUGGCUUUCUGUUCCCCACCUGCCUCUAGGAGGCCAGAGUGGCGGUGCUGCUAGGCCAUCCGAAUGUCUGGCCUGUGGGUUGACUGACUCCCAGGUCCUUUCCACUCAAGCUGCACGUAACGAGUCAUUAAAGUUUGUCAUAGAA